UGGCUGGCGGAGUCUGUUAUUACUUGUGCGCGUGAAGGGGCGUCUGCGUUUGGUGAUGUGGGCGGGGUUUGUUGUAUGGGCGGGGAUUGUUAUUUGUCUGGUUCAAAGAGCGGAGACCAGAGGAGGCGGAGGAGACCGGAUGAUGGGAGAGAUACUCCGGUGGUGCAGGUGGGUCAGUCCUGCCCGGUUCCUGCUGAUCUGCUCCCUGGUAACAGCGGGUGCCGUGCCCAUUGACACAGACAAGACCAAAGUGAAUGCGGAGGCGGCUGAUGAUGGGCAGAAGUCUCAGUCCUCCGACACAGGACUCUACUAUAACCGAUAUCUCAGGGAGGUGGUGGAAGUCCUGGAAACCGACCAACAUUUCAGAGAGAAGAUCCAGUCGGCCGACAUCGAGGACAUCAAGAGCGGGAAGAUCAGUAAGGAGCUGGAUCUGGUCAGCCAUCACAUCCGCACCAGACUGGACGAGCUGAAGAGACAAGAGGUGUCACGGCUGCGGAUGCUGAUUAAGGCGAAGCUCAGCACCCCCGAGAGUGCCGGGAUCGACCGUCGACUCCUCCUCCAGCAGUUCAAUCACCUGAAUCAUAUGAACCCCAACUCGUUUGAACCCCAAGACUUGGACCUUCUAAUCAAAGCA